GGAGGGCCGGCAGUCGGCUCGGGAGCGGCCGGCGCGCGCGCGUGUGCGUUAGGCGCCGCAGCGAGGCAGGGAGGCGCGCAGGGACGGUGGUUGUGCCGGUCCUAGGGCGGCGGCUGCCACCGCAGCAGCCCCCCGAGCGGAGGGGGCCGACGCGGCCGGACGAGCUGGGGAUGGGGAGGACCGGGUCCCGCACCUCUCCCGGGCGCGUGCGCGGCUCCGGGGGCGCACAGUGACGGCUGCGGCGCCGCUGGCCCGGCAAGCGCCGAGGCCGCUUCGCCAAGGGAACCUUCGGCCGGCGGCGGGCCGGGCCAUGAGGAGCGGCCGGGGCCGGGCCAGGCCUCGCUGACCCCGGCCCCGCGCGGAGGCCUCCACCCCGUUUCCGCUCCGGCCUCUCGGCAUGAGCGUCCGCCCGGGCCGGGGGCCGCGGCUGCCCCGGUCCGGCGGCCCGCGGGCGCGCUCAGGGCCGGCGGGCCCGCGGUGCUGAUCCCGGCCCGCCGCGCUGCGCUGCCCGCCCGCCCGCUGUAUGCCCCCGGGGGCGCGGCCAUGGAGGUAGUGGGCGACUUCGAGUACAGCAAGAGGGACCUCGUGGGACACGGGGCCUUCGCGGUGGUCUUCCGGGGGCGGCACCGCCAGAAAACUGACUGGGAGGUGGCUAUUAAAAGUAUUAAUAAAAAGAACUUGUCAAAAUCACAAAUCCUGCUUGGGAAGGAAAUUAAAAUCUUGAAGGAACUUCAGCACGAAAAUAUUGUAGCCCUCUAUGAUGUUCAGGAAUUACCCAACUCUGUCUUUCUGGUGAUGGAGUACUGCAAUGGUGGAGACCUGGCAGAUUAUUUGCAAGCUAAGGGAACUCUCAGCGAAGAUACUAUUCGAGUGUUUCUGCAUCAGAUUGCAGCUGCCAUGCGAAUUCUGCACAGCAAAGGAAUAAUCCACAGGGAUCUCAAACCACAGAACAUCUUGCUAUCAUACGCCAAUCGCAGAAAGUCCAACGUCAGUGGUAUUCGCAUCAAAAUAGCGGAUUUUGGGUUUGCUCGUUACCUGCAUAGUAACAUGAUGGCCGCAACCCUGUGUGGGUCCCCAAUGUACAUGGCUCCUGAGGUUAUUAUGUCUCAACAUUAUGAUGCUAAGGCAGACCUGUGGAGCAUAGGAACGGUGAUAUAUCAAUGCCUAGUUGGAAAGCCACCUUUUCAGGCCAAUAGUCCUCAAGACUUAAGGAUGUUUUAUGAAAAAAAUAGGAGCUUAAUGCCUAGUAUUCCCAGAGAAACAUCACCUUAUUUGGCUAAUCUCCUCUUGGGUUUGCUUCAGAGAAACCAAAAAGACAGAAUGGACUUUGAAGCAUUUUUCAACCAUCCUUUUCUUGAGCAAGUUCCAGUGAAAAAAUCCUGCCCGGUCCCGGUGCCCGUGUAUGCUGGCUCUGUCUCCGGCAGCUCCUGUGGCAGCUCCCCGUCUUGUCGUUUUGCCUCUCCACCGUCCCUUCCAGAUAUGCAGCAUAUUCAGGAAGAGAACUUAUCCUCCCCACCGUUGGGUCCUCCCAACUGUCUGCAAGUGUCCAAAGAUUCUGCCAGCACUAGUAGCAAGAACUCUUCCUGUGAUACGGAUGACUUUGUUUUGGUUCCACACAGCAUCUCGUCAGACCACUCAUAUGACAUGCCAAUGGGAGCUGCUGGCAAGCGUGCUUCAAACGAGUUCUUGGUGUGUGGAGGGCAGUGCCAGCCUACUGUGUCCCCUCACAGUGAGACAGCACCAAUUCCGGUCCCUACUCAGAUAAGGAAUUAUCAGCGCAUAGAGCAGAAUCUUACAUCUACUGCCAGCUCUGGCACAAAUCUGCACGGUUCUCCAAGAUCUGCAGCGGUACGAAGGUCUAACACCAGCCCUAUGGGCUUCCUCCGGCUGGGAUCCUGCUCCCCGGCACCCGCAGACACGGUGCAGACAGUUGGACGGAGACUCUCCACUGGGUCUUCCAGACCUUAUUCACCUUCCCCUUUGGUUGGUACCAUUCCUGAGCAAUUUAGUCAGUGCUGCUGUGGGCAUCCUCAGGGUCAUGAAUCCAGGAGUAGAAACUCAUCAGGUUCUCCAGUGCCACAGGCCCAGUCACCACAGUCUCUCCUGUUGGGUGCUAGAUUGCAGAGCGCCCCUACCCUCACUGACAUCUACCAGAACAAGCAGAAACUCAGAAAGCAGCACUCGGACCCUGUGUGCCCAUCCCACGCUGGGGUUGGGUACAGCUACUCACCUCAGCCCAGUCGGCCUGGUGGCCUUGGAACCUCUCCCACCAAGCACAUGGGGUCCUCUCCUCGGAGUUCAGACUGGCUCUUUAAAACUCCUUUACCAACAAUCAUUGGCUCUCCUACUAAGACCACAGCUCCUUUCAAAAUACCUAAAACACAAGCGUCUUCCAACCUGCUAGCCUUGGUUACUCGUCAUGGGCCUUCUGAAGGGCAGUCUAAAGAUGGGAGUGACCCACGGGAAUGCUCUCAUUGUCUCUUAGUACAAGGAAGUGAGAGGCAGAAGUCUGAGCAGCAGAACAAGGCAGUGUUUGGCAGGUCUGUCAGUACUGGGAAAUUAUCAGAUCAACAAGUAAAGAUACCUUUAGGUGGACAUCAGGGCAGCACAGACAGCUUAAAUACAGAACGACCAAUGGAUAUAGCCCCCGCAGGAGCUUGUGGUGUGGUACUGGCACCUCCCAUAGGAACAGCAGCAAGUUCCAGGGCUGUCCUGUUCACUGUAGGAUCUCCUCCACACAGUGCCACGGCCCCCACUUGUACCCAUAUGGUCCUUCGAACGAGAACAACCUCAGCGAGCUCCAGCGGCUCCGGAGGCUCCCUGUGCUCCGCCAGCGGCCGCGCAUGCGUGGGCUCCCCGCCAGGGCCGUGCUCGGGGUCCUCCCCUCCGGGAGCGGAGGCGGCUCCCGGCCUGAGAUACAUGCCUUAUGGUGCUUCACCCCCCAGCCUAGAGGGGCUCAUCACCUUUGAAGCCCCUGAACUGCCAGAGGAGACACUGAUGGAGCGAGAACACACAGACGCCUUACGCCACCUCAGUGUGAUGCUGAUGUUCACCGAGUGCGUGCUGGACCUGACAGCCGCGCGGGGAGGAGACCCGGAGCUGUGCGCGUCCGCUGUCUCAUCCGCCGUCUCCUUGUACCAGAUCCAGGAGAGCGUGGUCGUGGACCAGAUCAGCCAACUAAGCAAAGACUGGGGGCGGGUGGAGCAGCUGGUGUUGUACAUGAAGGCAGCACAGCUUCUAGCCGCAUCGCUGCAUCUCGCCAAAGCCCAGGUCAAGUCCGGGAAGCUGAGCCCAUCCACGGCCGUGAAACAAGUUGUCAAGAAUUUGAAUGAACGAUACAAAUUCUGCAUCACCAUGUGCAAGAAACUUACGGAAGAGCUGACUCGCUUCUUCUCUGACAAACAGAGAUUUAUUGAUGAAAUCAGCAGCGUCACUGCAGAGAAACUCAUCUAUAAUUGUGCUGUAGAAAUGGUUCAGUCUGCAGCCCUGGAUGAGAUGUUUCAGCAGACAGAAGAUAUUGUUUAUCGCUAUCAUAAGGCAGCCCUUCUUUUGGAAGGCCUGACGAAGAUCCUCCAGGACCCUGCAGAUAUUGAAAACGUACAUAAAUAUAAAACUAGUAUUGAAAGAAGAUUGUCAGCACUCUGCUGUAGCACCGCGACCCUGUGAGGGGCAGCCGGUCUGGCCCCUGGACCGGUGGUGGAAUUGAGGACAGAAGUUUGGGAUGACAGCUCGGGUUCUGGUUCCCCAUCUCCAGGAAACUGUAGUUUCUCACCUGGUGACUACCAAAGAGCAAGCAGUGACUUCACAAAGGAAGAACAAUCCAAAACUACAUACUUGUAGGAAACCUGCCUUAUCGGAGACGACACCCCUUCCCCUUUUCUUUGUAGAAGCAGCAGCAAGAGUAUUCCACUUGGCUCUCAGUUCGAACCUGGUAAAUAAACGUACCUUAGAAAUAGAACUAUCAGUGCAGUUAUUCUUAAAGACGAUUAAGAGGGGAACAAAAUGAGUGGCUCUUUACUCGUUCAUCGGAGCAGUGUGUGAAAUUCCAUGUAUUUACUGAGGUAUAAAAGUAAAAAGAAAAAAAAAAUCUACAUCUCAUCCGGGCAGUUUGAUAUCUGGGGUAGGUUUGUCUAAAUCUGAGCACGCAUCCUUAAACAGCUCAGGAGGAAAUAGCGUAAGAACCAGCUGAAAGAAGGCUCUUGGAAGAAAUUGUGAAAUCUUCCAUCUGAUCUAAUAUGGACACAUGUUACUCUUCCAAAAUCUUUCAUAUUGCACUAAUUUAUUAAAACAACUGUGCAUUGGAUUUUGCAAUUUAAAACUAACUGAGGCACAAUGGACUUGUUUAAAAUAUUUUACUUGAUUAUAUUCUAUACACACACCCUUUCCAGAAUUCACAUGUAAUGUCUAGUGGACUUUUAAACAGUAAAAACUUGUGUUCAUGUGGACCGUUGCAUUUUUUUAACCUGUUCAUCCACACGUAACAGAUUUUCUCAGUGGUAUUUUUGAGUUGCUGGUUGUUUGCCUUUGGUUUUAUUUUUUACCGUGCAUGCAGAAUGUGCAUUGACGCCUGUGAUCUCUACGUUUACUAAAGGCUAGGUUUAUUUGGGCAGUGUUAGAAAGAGUAUCAAUCGGGAGACUCUCAAGAAUUUUAGCCGGGCCACAACAAAGUUGGCGACCCAAAGGCUUGUUAGUGAUGUGGAGUUUUCUACAUGAAGUUAGUGAAAAAUGAGGUUUGUGUUCUCUUAGGAAAAUGGGCAGCUCUCUCUCCAGCCUAAUGUGUAUUUUUCACGUUAAUCCUGACAGUUCACCAGAUAGCUAGACGUGGAGAAUGCGGGCAGUUAACAUCCUUCCAGAAACCGUUCCUACGUUGUGUAUUGUUUGAUUUCUUUUACUCACCUGCUUGAAUACUUGAAUAAACAUUCUCCACUUUUAAUCCUUAUAUCUUUAUCCUUUUAGAUAAUAUAAUCUGAACUCUGACAAAUUGCACAGAAGCUCUUUGGCAUUAAUCUAAUUUUAGCGUACUGAUAAAGACAAACAAAAACAUGGUUUUUCUUUUACUUUGACGAAGUAAUGUAAUUUUUACCUUAUUUAUCUGUAUGAAAUUCCAGCACUUAAUUUGAACAUUUAUUUAUAUGAUGUUUGUAUUUUUAGGUCUUUAAUACAGUGUUUCUACCUCCCAUUUGUAACUGCAUAUGCAUUAUUCUUGAAACUAGGUAAAACUCACUGAAUUGUUGUGUAAUAGCCUUUUUAUUAUUGCCUGUACAGAUGUAUAUUGAGGUAAAAUAAAAGUGACAAAGUGUUUCUAGGGCAAAGCUGGGUCCGUAUUACGUGGCUUGUCAAGCCAGCUCCUUCCUCAGUGAGUUUGGAGGCUUGGUCACUAAUAUCCUUUGUCCUGCCCCAAGAGUUCCGAUGCUCGGUGACUGUCAGCGCAGGCUACCAGGCGUGUAGACUAUGUGAUGAGGACUCCUGCGCCUCCCUGCGGGGGUGACAAGCACUGGUAUUAGGGACACUCUAGUUUGUAUAAUUCCUUCAAGCAUACCGAGCAAUUUCAUUCACCUUCUCGUAGUUAUCAGCCGCGUUCUCUCAGUAGAUCCUCUAAGGGGCUGGGUUCCUUCUGGCCCCUCCGCCCUGUCCUUUAUUUUUUAUUUAUUUUUUUUUUUCUUUAAACAGGAUGAAACAGGUUCUCAGCAAGUAAGUGAUGUGUCUGAAGUCAGGUAACUAGUGAGGUAGUUAAGCCAUGCUUUGUGACUUCCAAGUUCAUUCUUCCUCCUCUUGUAUAAUGAAGGUCCGUCUUGUGAUAGAUGCUGUGUGUGAAACCGUGAGGUCUGAACAGCAAAGAACAAACUGUAAACUCAUGAAUAACGGUUCUGAUUCUACUUCCAUUUUCAAGGCCGAUUGUUUUCGGAGAUCUUGCCUUGAUUAUAGCAAUAAUAAAUGCUUUAUGUUUCCACGA